AUGCGCCCGAUGCGCAGCCACGACGACUUCAUCCGCGACCUCUCUCCCCCAGCGGCUGCCGACGACGACCUCCGCAAGCGCAACAAGGUCGCGCACACCUCCAACCGCCUCUGCCAUGACUGGAUGGUGGUAUCGGGCAACUGCCACUACGCGCGGGACCGGGGGUCGUUCACCACGUACCGGCCGGUAGCGCAGACGCAGCGCAUCAAGAACAACAUCUUCAACCCGCACGAGGAGCUGCACGUGGCGGGCGUGGGCACGGUGCAGCUGACGGUGUGUCGCAGUCGCGCAGACCCGGCGCCGCAGACGCUCGUGCUCGAGGACGUGCUGCACAUCCCCGAGGCGCUGUGCAACGGGUUCAACCCGCUGCUGUACGGGAGCAGCAUGUCGUGCAAUGCGGACUGCUGGGAGGGCGGCGAUGCGCACGGCCGGCCGCUGUGGGUUAGUCUGCCCUUUGCCGGGCAUACGCGGCUGGUGCUGUGGGGGAAUCCGCAGGGAGAGUCGGAGCUGAUUGAGGGGAGGUACUAUACGCUCAGUUUGUAUAUUACGCCCGAGGAGAAGAGGGCUAUUGUGCAGGGGGUUGUUGGAUAUACUCGAGGCUAG